GUGAGAUCUCAGGUGUUCAUCUUCUUUAAUCCUUUGGGUUUGAUUCAGCCGAAGAGCUCGAGCAAGAAAGCAAGAUGUCGGCCUGCCGUUUGAUCCUCCUGUCCGCCGUGGUGGUGGUGCUACUGAGUGCAAUCACACUCACUGAAGGGCUACGUUACAACCCUACGGCAACAGCCUGCUGCUACUCCUACAACCAACGUCCACUGAAAGCUAAAAUGGUGGUUAGCUACAGCCUGACCAGCCCGCAGUGCACUAAACAGGCCGUGCUGUUCAAAACCAAGAAGGGAAAGAAUGUGUGUGCCAAGCCCACUGACCAGUGGGUGAAGACGCUCAUCAAGAUCCUGGACAACAAGUCAGGAAGCCAGGGACCCAUCUAAUCAUGUUGACCUUCAUUGUCAUUGUCAUCAUUGUCAUCUUCAUGAUGACUGAAUUCUGUGAUGGGUUUCGAGCAGAUUUGCACAAAGUUUAAUGAUGUCCAAGUCUCUGAAAGGCCACUAACCAUUCACCACAUUAAAGCUACCUAUUAUGCACUGAA